AGGAAUGAAGGAGCUGAGUGCACCGAACUGGACAGCACCCAUCAGCACGCCAGCCCACCAAAACGGGCUAUAAAACCUCGCAUGCCCCGGGGGCCAAACCACACACAUCAGCAGCCAUAGCAUCACCACCUAGUAGCAGAGCUCCUCUCGUGGAGGGAAGUAGGAAAGAGAGGCUCCGGUCUCUUGAGCCCUAGCUAGCCGGCCGUCGCGUCGUCUAGCUAGAUCUCGCUCCUCUUCCCUUUCCUCCCUCUCCGUCGUCGUCGUCAGCAAUGGCUGGGGGGCUCCUCCACAUGGCUCACCCGGCGAUCACCCUCUCCGGCGUCGCAGGGAACAUCAUCUCCUUCAUGGUGUUCCUCGCACCAGUCACGACGUUCCUGCAGGUGUACCGCAAGAAGUCGACGGGCGGGUUCAGCUCAGUGCCGUACGUGGUGGCGCUCUUCAGCUCGGUGCUGUGGAUCUUCUACGCGCUGGUGAAGACCAACUCGAGGCCGCUGCUGACCAUCAACGCCUUCGGCUGCGGCGUGGAGGCCGCCUACAUCGUCUUCUACCUCGUGUACGCGCCGCGGAGGGCGAGGCUCAGGACCCUAGCCUACUUCUUCCUGCUGGACGUGGCGGCGUUCGCGCUCAUCGUCGUCGUCACCCUCUGCGGCGUCCCCAGGCACCUCCGGGUCAAGUUCCUCGGCAGCGUCUGCCUCGCCUUCUCCAUGGCCGUCUUCGUGGCGCCCCUCAGCAUCAUCGUCAAGGUGGUCAAGACCAAGAGUGUGGAGUUCCUGCCCAUCAGCCUGUCCUUCUGCCUCACCCUCAGCGCCGUCGCCUGGUUCUGCUACGGCCUCUUCACCAAGGACCCCUUCGUCAUGUACCCGAACGUGGGCGGCUUCUUCUUCAGCUGCGUGCAGAUGGGGCUCUACUUCUGGUACCGCAAGCCCCGGGCCACGAACGCCGUGCUGCCGACGACCAACGAUGGCGCGGCGCCGCCGCCGCCGUCCGUGCAGGUGCAGGGGCAGGUGAUCGAGCUGCCGGCCAACACCAUCGCCAUCCUGUCCGUGAGCCCCAUCCCCAUCGUCGGCGUGCACAGGAUCGAGGUGGUGGACGGCCAGCACAAGGACGCCGCCGCCGCCGCCGAGGCCUGCAGGAUGGCCGCCGCCAACCCCGACGGCCCCCCGCCGCAGGUCAUCGAGAUCGUCCCCGCCCUCUGACCCACCGUCGAUCGGCACCAACAACAAGGCGCGGAUAGCAAGCAAGCACAGUAUGUAUCAUGGAUCUACUACACGGGUGUGCUCUGGCCGGUGUCGAUUAAUUAGUUGGUCGUUUUUAGUUGGUUAAUUGUUCG